ACUGUUAAUCCAUUUAUAAUGAAUAAACUAUGCCGGCCCAUGUGUCCUGUGUCAUACCUAUAAUGUAUGACGUUUACAGCAAAAAAAAAAAAACGCGUGAAAAUCCGUUUCUAUAUCAGAGUUACGAUUGAUUAAAUGCGCUGACACCUAAUCGCGCCUGCUGAACAGAUUACACUGAGUGGAACGGGUGACCGCCCCAAUUCUCAUCAGCGCCAACAGGCAGCAGCGUUCGACGAGGCGUCUACUCUUUAUAUGUCUAUGCUCAAAGUGUAUGAUCAGCCUGCAAAAUACUGAACCAGUGACAAACUUGGUGAGAUUUAAUCAUGAGUUGGCGUUGUGUUAUAUGCCUUGUAUUUGUGGCUCUUACUUUGAGAAUGCUUCUUGGACAUGUUAAUUCAAGACAUGGUAGAAGUCCUAAUUUCCAUGUCACCUGUGGAGUAGAUGGCUGUGCAGCAGAUUAUAGAGUAUACAACUCAUUUUUCUAUCACCUAAAACGCAAGCACAGAGCAUUUUUGGCUAGUGGUCGCCCACCAAGGCGUUCAGCCUUCCCAUAUGCGGAUUCAACUAGGCUUGCCGAAGAAAACUAUGAUAUUCCCAUUAUUCAUGGCUGUGUCACCUCGGAUGGCACGCGGGCGGCACCAUCACAGCAGGAGGGACUGGAUGGAUGGGAUACCGUACCAGAGCAUGGUCAUACAGGCACCCAAAACCCAGUGGAGGACCCCGAACAUCAGGACAGCAAUCUGGAGCCCAUGCCCAUUGAGAAUCCAGAAAACUUGGGAGAGGCAUCCUUUGGUGUGUUUGGCCACAGUCUGACCCAGCAUGCUGCAGCAUUUUCUCUGAAUGUCCGUGAGAGAUGUUACUUAUCUCAGGGGAAUGUCAACAGUGUUGUUGCUGAUGUGCAACAGUAUCAAGCCUCCCUUCUGGACAACUUGAGGGGCCAAAUCAAAAACGCCUUUGACACCCAUGUUGGAAAUAAGGAGAAGCUCCAAACAGCAGUCCUGGCAGUGUUUGAUGAUUUUAAAGACCCCUUCACAAAAGUCUCAUCUACGCAUCUACAGGACAGUAGCAUUCGGCAUUUUUUUCACCCUGUUGAGCCUGAGGAGGUGGUCAUAUCACAGACUGCAUGUAGAAUUAAAGGAGGAAAUUCAAGAGCUCUUACCGUUAAGACUAACUCAUUUUGUUAUGUUCCGUUAUUCAAGAGCCUUGAGGAGUUGUUUUCUGAUCCCCGGAUAUUCACAAUGAUAAGCUGUAUACCUAAGAGGUGUAAAGAGGGGUUUUUAUAUGAUAUUGCUGAUGGUGAAUUUCUUAGGCACCACCCACUUUUUUCUGUCAGACAUGCUGCGUUGCAGUUGAUUUUAUACACAGACGAGAUUGAAAUAUGCAAUCCACUUGGAUCACAUGCAACAAUGAAUAAACUGUUAAUGGUUUAUUACACGUUAGGAAACAUAGAUCCUAAUCAUAGAUGUAUGGGGCUGUGGUUUCCAUUUGUGGGGAUACAUUAGCUCAGCAUGAAUUUGCAGGUUUUAAAGAGGGUGUAGGUUUUGCUCUUUGUAAAUGUAGGCAUUGUGAGUGCACAGCAAAUGACAUGCAGACUAACUUUGAUGAGAAUUUUUUCAACAAAAGAACAGUGGAAAGACAUUUGAGACAGUGUUUUGAUAUUGAGAAGGCCAAAACCGAAUUUGUAAAGAACAAUUUAAAAACAACUUAUGGGAUCAACAGGAGAAGUACAUUGGUUGAUUUUCCUGGCUUUAAUCUUAUUGAGCAGACCCCACAAGAUAUUAUGCAUAUUAUUCUUGAAGGGGUCGCCCCUAUGGAGAUCAAAUGUGUGCUAAAACAGCUCACUAUUAGUCGGCUGAUAGAACUGGAAGCAUUUAAUUCAGCUAUGUACUGUUUCCCUUACUCGCCUCUUGAUCUUCGAGACAGACCAUGUCCCAUUAGUGUUUCUACACUGACCUCAAAUGACAACAGACUAAAACAAUCUUCAGGACAAAUGCUUAUCCUUUUGAAAAUACUGCCAUUUUUGCUCAAUAACAUCAAAGAGAGUUUAUUUGUGCAGUUUAUCAUUGGAUUGGUAGAGAUAACACAGAUCCUGUUUGCACCAGUCAUCUCCCUUCAAACAGUUACAAACCUUAAAGAACUGAUCAAGCAGCAUUUGAAGUCAUUUAAGCAGCUUUUCCCAGAAAACAAUAUUAUACCAAAACAGCAUUAUUUGCUUCAUCUUCCUUCACAGAUUAUUGUGGUGGAAAUUUCUGUCAAUAAAAGAGUAAAGUCAGAUCUGUCUUUUCGGUAAGUUUAAUCCAACCAUCUGCAGAUGGACUCACCACACAGUCAAAUUCAUGA